CUGCUCCCUCGGCGGAAGAGCUUCAGGGACGCGCUGAGCAAAGCGCGGGAGGACGGCGCGGGCGCGGUUUCCGUCGCCGGCCAAGCUCCCGCCAGGCACUUCCGCCUCUGGGCUCCGUCUGCGUGGCCACGGCAGGCCGCGCCGGCUUCCCUCGCUGCGCGCCACGGCGACACGAGUAUGGCGGGCACUGACUUGCGGGCGGCUCUUGAGCAGCGACUCCGUGCCCUGGACAUCCGCACCGAGAUCGUGGAGCACCCCGAGGUGUUUACAGUUGAAGAAAUGAUGCCUCAUGUCCAGCAUUUGAAAGGAGCACACAGUAAGAACUUAUUUCUUAAAGAUAAAAAGAAAAAAAACCACUGGCUGGUGACAGUUCUUCAUGACAGACAAAUUAAUUUAAAUGAUCUUGCUAAGCAGUUGGGUGUUGGAAGUGGAAAUCUGCGGUUUGCUGAUGAAACAGCGAUGCUAGAAAAAUUGAAAGUUGGCCAAGGUUGUGCCACACCCUUGGCACUCUUCUGUGAUGAUGGAGAUGUGAAAUUUGUUCUGGAUUCUGCUUUUCUGGAAGGUGGACAUGAAAAAGUCUACUUUCAUCCAAUGACCAAUGCUGCAACCAUGGGAUUAAGCCCUCAAGACUUUCUCACAUUUGUGAAGAAUACAGGACAUGAUCCCAUAAUACUAAAUUUUGAUAAAAACAACUAAGCUGACUUUAGAAUAAAUUGAUUUCUGAAA